UGUUAGACUGCUUUUUGAUCGAGAGCCAAUUCUUGAUGAGGGGGGCGACAGACUGACAUUGUUUGCCAACAACUACUUCCAUCAUGUCGUCGACUCAGCAGCAGACGGUAGAAGGCGCCGCCUUUCUGGACAGGCUCUCCUCCCUCAUUUUUCCUGACGAAGCCACCAUCUGCCCUCGAGACGAUGUCGCAGCGGCUCUGCAGCCUUGCCUGGAGCACGAUCUCGCUCUGCGAGCUCUGUACGCCAAAGAGCGUAACGCUAAAGCCAUCACUGACCCUCACGUCGGCCUGAUCAACGUGCACGGCGAGAAGACGCAGAAUGGCAGCGUCUUUAAGACGAGAUCCAGAAAAGUGGCCGCCGAUGCGGAGGAAAAGAACUACGAAGAGGGAAAAAAGAAGCCCGAAGAGCCUGGUGGACCUCGUCAGGACGCAACGACAACGGACGAGAACUACAUCCUUCCACUUCCCAAUCGUCUCAGACGUCAGCAUGGCAGUUGCGCGGUCGUAGACCUUGACACGUUUAAGGCACGAUUUAACAUCUUCACCGAGAUGGCCUUCUCCUGCAUGCACCCGGAAGAUUGGGACGGUGUCUUCAUUGCUGGAGGUGCCGUUUUGACCUGCUUGACACCCUUACUCAACAAGGAUCAAGAGCUGGCAAAGACUUGCCGUGGUCUUCGCAAAUACUACCACGAGUCGGAUCUGCACAGCUCGUCCGACAUCGAUGUUUUCCUUUAUGACGGUGGACGAGGCGACAGCAAGACAGCCGAGGCGAGGAUCGAGCGUCUGGCGCAGCGUAUUGCAGACGCCAUCCCCAAGGACAUCCUGUACAUCCGCACGAAGAACACGAUCUCCAUCGUCAGCCAGUACCCCAACCGUACGAUACAGAUUGUGCUACGGCUAUAUCGGUCGCCUGCCGAGAUCCUCCACGGAUUCGACGUCGACUGUGCUUGCGUUGGCUUCGACGGUCAGCGUGUUUGGGCAGCUCCGCGCGCCCUGGUCUCUCUCGUUACUCAGAGCAACGCCAUUGAUAUCACCAGGCGAUCGACAACGUACGAGACUCGCCUUGCCAAGUACGCCGACCGGUCCUUCGAAGUGUACUACCCAUCGCUCGAUCGCAAGCUUAUUGAUCCAAGCAUUUAUGAGCGCGCCGUUGGAACCAUUCAAGGCCUCGCUCGUCUACUGGUCUUGGAGAAGCUUUCGACGACAGAGGCUCGAGAGAAUUACCUGGACAAGAAGCGCAAGCUCAGACAGAGGCCCGACUUGACGUGGCAGGAGCGAAGGAAUCGUAGCAAGAAAAUCGUCAGGGGUGACAUCAAGACCAAGACGCCCAAGCGAGGAGAAUGGGCUCACCAGUCCGAUUACGACAUCAUGAGUCUGACGGUGCCAUACGGACCCAAUUGGGAUGCCGGUAGGGUUCGCAAGGAGCUCUUCAGGGAUGACGUGCUGCUCAACAGCAAGUUUAAUCCCAAAAGUAAAGAUUACUUCGGACUUCACCGUCACCCUUGCUUCUUCGCCCUCGAAAUCAAGGAUGUCAUGGAGGACCUCUGUGGGCUCUGCCCCACUCCCAAGACGGACGAGGAACGGGAGCUCUGCGAGACAAAGUUUGUUGACUUUGUCAAUGGCCGUAUCGCCUUCAUGGUCGAUGACCCCGGCAAGCAGCUCAUGAGCAGCUCCUACCAUCCCAUUACGGACACCGACUGGACGGAGCUCGCCUAUCUCAGCCGAACCGAGGCUCUGAUGCGGCUUGUUGUUCAAGGUGACCUCAAGUCUAUCUCGGACUUUCUUGAUGCCACCGCCUCUGACCCGAAUGAGAGGAAGAGGCUGAUCGACCCGGUCAAGCAACUUCUGUAUCAAAGAGAUCACGCCGGCCGCUCGCCCUUGCAUAUGGCCAUAAUAACAGGCCAGACCGACUUGGCUCUUCUCUUACUAGACCGUGGCGCUCGUAUGACCGCUCGACUCGUCGACGGCCGCAAUUGUCUUAUGCUUGCAUCUCAGAAUGCGAAUGCGGAGCUCGUCAAGGCCAUGCUGGACCGCAGCAUGAUUAACGCAAAGCAAGCCGAAAACCUUGGCCAGCAAGCCAAGAAGGACGACCGCGACGCCAAAACUGACAAGACCGACGAGGAUCUCGAUGCUGUCGUGGUUGCAGACCCACAAGAAGAGGGGGCUGUCGACAAGGCAGAAGAUGCGCCUCCGGAUGUGCUCGAAGUCAACUUUGUCGCAUGGGACGCUGAGCUUUCGGCGCUGUUCUUUGCUAUCAUUGCAGGCUCGACGGAGUGCGUGAAGCUUCUCUUGAACGCUGGAGCAAGCCCGAGGAAGAAUUGCAAAAGGAUGGCGCCCAUCUCUGCAGCCCUACUGAUUAGUGACGACAGCACUGCCGUUGAGGUCAUCAAAGCACUGCUAACAGCAGGUGCAACGUGCAACCAGAUCUUCAAGGCCGAUGUCUCUGAUCUAGAAGACAUUCACACGCCUUUGCACACCUACGUGACCUCUCGUCGGACCCGCUUGAUUGUAGCCCUGCUUCAAGGCGACCCUGUCGGGGCAAAGAAGAUCGUCAAUUUUCCUAUCUCAGCUGCGGACAGGAGAACGUACUACGGCAGCAAAGGUCUCGCCAGUGCUCUCACGAUUGCAUGUGCUACCUCUCAAUACGGAGUUGCGGCUUUCCUCGUCAAGCUUGGUGCUCAUCCUUGCACCACGCUCCAGGAUCGAGAGGAUUUCUGCGCAAUUCCAAAGCGUGACUACCGCAUGAGUGAGCUGCAGGAUGAGCGCGAGCUAUGGAGCCCGCGCGCCACCCAGCCUCUGGAAGCAUCGAUGGCAGCUAUGAACAACGUCUGGAAGCUUCUCCUCUACGGCAAGCAGGCUGUUCCACGACUCCUCGGCACCCAACAGUCAUUCCACGAAGAUUAUAGCACAUUUCGGCAGAAACUUACAUUGCUCGAUGCAGCUGAGCGGAUUUCUAAUAAGGCUUCAUUGGCAUUGGGCUCGGUGCCGAGCGGCGUCUGCCGUGAAGAGGAGAAUGAGGACCUUGAGAAGCAGCAACAGCAGGAGAUCGACAAGAAAGCUGCGAAAAUGAGCGACUUCGACAAUUGGGAAGAUUAUUGGACCGCAACGCAUCGUUACCUAACCCUCAAGGCUGAGUGGCACAAGAGUCGCAAUCCGACGCGCGCAGAUUCAGGAAGGGAAGAGUAUAAAAAGCACCACGCAGAGGUUCUGUCAUCGAUACAGAUUUAUUACUCAGACCUUGCAGUAGAGCUGAGACGAAGGGAGGCCAAGACAUUCGGCGAGAUCGUGAAAGACCUUCCGCCUUCGGAUCGGCAACAGCAGAGCGCCGAAACGAAGAAGCGCAAGCUCAGCAUCUCGUCUGAAGAGGAAUGGGGGAGCGGCAAGGAGUGGAUGGAUUUUCAGAGCCCAAGGCCCGCUGAGGUCCGCAAACUGCAGAAUGACAAGCUAUGGACCGAGCUCAAGACCAAGAAACCCACCAUCAAAUUCACUCGUGACAGUAGCAGAUUCAGACCUUCCUUUGAGCCAGUACGACUCAAUGGUCUUUACUCGCGUCUAGUUCAAGCCGCUUGGGAAGGCGAUUGCAAAACCAUUCGUGCGCUCACUCGCCUUGAGGACGCCGCGAGAGGACUUGAAGAGAUCCUGGAUGCUUCCAUUCAAGUUCUAGACUACACGGGUGUUGUCGAAAAUGGAUACCAUCAGUAUCCUCAAGAGCUCAAUAUCCUCACUUUUGCUGUGCAGAGGGGCCAGUACAACGCGGCUUUAGAAUUGGCCAAAAGCACAAGGAUGCAAUACGUUACGCCCGAGGAGAGGAGUAAAGCGGAGGCCGCCAUUCAAAAGCCGCACGUCCAGAUUGCUGAAGACGAUGACUCGGACACUGACGACGACUACGAUGACGGCGAGGAUGAUCAUGACGCUGUCGACAAUGAAUAUAAGGAAAAGAAGAAAGACAAUUCCGACGACGAGAAGGGUUUAGGCGGGAACGGACAAGGCAAGCUUCCGAAGCCUCUGAUCGGCAAAAUAGAUAUAACCAAAUUCCAUCAACCAUUUUUGUACUUGUUGCGCCGUCUGGAGGAAGAAGGUCGAGAGGAUCUUCUCGAUGACCUCUGGAGAACGGACCGAGAAUUUCUUGGAGAGCAGUAUUGGGUCACUCGCGCGCUUCUAAAGGACAAUUGGACAGCGCUACUCGACGUCUUCGAGAUCAACAAAGGGGCAGACAUCUACCUCGGCCAUGCGGCCGAGAAAUUUCUGCCUGUCACUGAAGUGGCUAAAAAGGAGACUCCUCUCACAUACUCCGACUACCCCGGCUUGCUCUCAGCAAUCAACGGAGAACGCGAAACAAAGUGGGCCAAAGAUGUCUCGGGCGCCGAUGCGGCACCCCCUCCGCAGAGCUCUUCCGCGAAAGACUCGCCCUCGAUUCUUGUUGCUGCCCUGAAGCGCGGGGCGAAGAAGUGCGUAGGGAAGCUCCUCGAAAAUGGUCUUAAAGGUGGCAGGGAAAUACUUGCGGCCCUGAAAAGGGGAGAAAAAGGUCGGGGAGGCAUCAUCACGCGCCUGGAACUCGAUGACCAAGAACAAGUAGAAACGAUCAUUUGUGGCGAAGGGAUCGAACAGAAUAACCCUGUCAGCUUGGCUGCGCACCGCACGGAUGGCGCAUUGGAAGCCCUGAAGGAAUCGGCACCGCCCCACCUUUGGCAACGAUGGAUCAACCAGACGGAUGGCGAAGGCAUGACACCAUUGCUCCGGAUCGUGGCCAAGGUCCGCUUUUCCAACUAUUGUCGCCCCGAGGAGAUAAAGUUCCUGACCGACAAUGGCGCUGAUCUCUUGGCACGAGACGCAAAUGGCAAGAACAUCUUGCACCACCUUGUUGGAAAUAACGACUACUGGGAGAGCGAUUUUGUGCAAGGUGAAAAGUAUAUCGAUUUGCGCAAGUGGGCUUUCCACACUUGGCUUGACCGGACCGUCAUUCAGCAGCUUGCUGUCCAAGAAUGCGAACCAGGCAAGACGGCUUUGCAUCUGCUACGUCGCGUGGAACUUACGCACCUCAACGAGAUCUUCGAUCUCUAUGACGAAAACACAGCCCGCAGCAUCUUUCGUGCCAGGAAUUUGUACGGCCAGACGAUUCUGUGGGUGUACAGCUUCGCAUUCGAGCUCAAGUGGAUGCUUGAGAUAUGCCAGAGAUUGGGCAUCUUAAAGGAGAUGCUUGGUAUGGAAGACGCGCACGGCGAGACAUUCAUGGACGUAAUCAACCGCAAAUUCAUCGACCAGACACACCGCCCUAAUCUCUGGGUACAGACGCGCGACGGACAGAAAGACAACCUCAACUACCUGAGCUGGACUCAGAUGCCGGCAUGCUUGGACUCUUACCACGCGAUUCUCAAUCGUCUAGAUUUCGAUUCAAAGGGUUACAGGGCUGGCUGCCGAACGCAGUUGCCAAUCGAGGCGCAGUACACAGAGCUCAAAUUUGUCCUCGAGGCGGAAUCACAGGUCCUGGAUCAAUGGCCCCCCAAGCUGCUCGAGACUGCAAACGAUCUCCUCUCUUGGCUGAAGGGCCAAUCGAAGGAGAAACAAAUGACUCUUGAGCAGGCGGUUACGCGGAGCUUUGUCCAAGAUCGUUCGGGGGACGUAGGCCUCGCAAAGCAGCUGGUCGAUACAAGCAUAGCUUCUGUGGGCGGUUUAGGCAAGAUCAAGAGGACCCUCGUGCCUUGGUCAAUUGGCCAACGCAUGACGAAAAAGCUCCUCGACGAGCAAGAUACACGUUUCCAACUCCCGAAGGCGAGUCACGACAAGGUCCGAUAUCAUUAUUAGCAAGUGCAAUGAGGAUGCUCGCUUCCCUUUUGUAACGUUU